GCCAUAUCAUACUGUAGAUAUUGCUCUCUCGUCUACUCUGUCUCUCUCCAGCAUUUUCUUCGUCGACCAUACUGGUACCAUCUCUCUUGAGAAAACAUCCAUCUUCAGAACAUCAUGGCUCUUCUUACAUUUUCGCGCGUCGUCACUCCAGCUCUCAUUUUCUUAGGCGGCUACUGUUUACAUGGCUUCAGCACCACAAACGGCCUAUUUCCUGCUGUCGAAUCCCUCAAAUCCAAGCACCAACUCCCAUCAUCAGGCUCACUUAUCAGCAAGCCUUCUUUCCCGAACAGCUUCACAGGUUUCGAUCCCCCAGACGGACUAUUAGCAACUUUGCUCCUGUUUUUCUGGCCCUUGCUAGACGGCUCCAACCCUGCCGCCAGUCUGUACGGUUUCCUUUUCGCCGGACAAGGCGUGGCACUUCUGUCGUCUAUCAUCCUAGAGGCCUCACGAAAGGCCAACAAGGGCCGGAUAAUUGCCUUCACCACGAUCUAUGGGAUUCUCUUUCAGUGUCUAGGCGCUGGCCUGGCAGCACCACUAUACCUGACAAUCUACCUAUUUACCUCACCCCUAGUGACUUCCAGCGCAGCGCUUACGCCUUCGGCACUGUCCAUCGAUGAGGGUCUGCUCACUGGGCACAUCUUCGGCGUGUCGCUGGGCUACAUCGCGCCGACAAUCCUCAUGACCCUGCCGCAACCAGACAUUCUUCCCCUCGACACAAAAAUCACCGCCAUAGUCCUCUGGCAAUUGUUCCCGGUCUGGCAAAGCAUCAUCGCCUAUGUCGCCAAGCUCAUUGUCGGAGCCAAGACUCCCUCGGCAAGCCAGGCCGAUGCACAGACGAGGCAGAUCUCCUUGCUGAGGACGGUCUACAAGCUCUCCCUGGCCGUCAGUACGACCACGCACAUUGCAACAUGGACUCUGUCAUUAUCAACACUGCUUCUUCCCAGCUUGUUCACUGCGCAAACAGUCCAAGACUUCCAUCCGCUGAAUGUCUUUGUACCACCAAAUCCAUUCAGCGAUGUCAAGAUUGGCAGUAUCGCACAAGGCUCCCACUGGUUUCUCCAGUACGACUACAUAAUCACCGGAGCUGCUUAUGUCAUCUGGGCGAGCGCAUCUCGGUACGCGGUUGGUGUGAAGAAUGCAAAAGCCGAUGCUGGCGGGUUUGGCGUCGGAGCCUUUCUGGACAUCAUCUGCAGAUGUGUGCUUUUGGGCCCAUACAGCGCAGCGUUGACCUUGCUGUGGGAUCGAGACGAGGCUGUCUUCACCGGAUCGAACCUCGAGGCUGGCAAGAAAACAGCGUGAUUAGGACAGUGAGGCAAGAUCACAAGUUUAGGGCGCGGGCGAUCAAAAGCUCUUCCACGUUUCUGCUCGAUGGGCCAAACAACUAAAAUCCUAGAUUCGUGCUAUAGUAGUUGUAUCCGAUAUAUCAUCUCAGUCAUCAUACUCGUCAUCUCACAUCCCCCAAGAGGCCUUUCGCUGCUGGGGUUCACCUUCGCUGCCGGCCUUCCCACCGACCUUGUUAUACUCCUCUCCCAAAUAGAUUCACCACCUCGUCAAA